GUAAACACCAACCAGCGCGAACACACCCGCACCUCACCGCGAGGAAUGCUCUUCUAAUAGAAGGUGCUCAUAAUGAAGCCUGACACGGUAGCCCGAACAUGGAUCAUUGGGGCGACCCUUGGGCCGACAAUGCCAACGACAAAUCGCCGACAAAGAACGCGGUAACGUCACCACCGCCGCAAUCAUACACCUUCGCACCGGUACCUCUGAACGGCUUCGUGGACGACGCGGGAUGGGGAAAUAAUGAAGACGAUGGAUUUGGCGAUUGGACAACACCAGACACGGGCCAUGUGGCCUCGACGGCUGUGGCCUCGACGGCAGCCGGCCAUGCAGACCCGGGUAGUGCCGACUGGGCCACCGUGACAUACGAAGAAGGAGAGGAACUCAGCGUGAAGUGGCCUGAACCCGAGUCGAGCGCGCCGCAGGAUCUUGAAAAGGUUGAAUCGGAGCCCUCGGACUCAUCAACUGUGUCACAGCUUGGUGAGGCUGACAGUCAGAAGCAAGACGAUGAGUCUACGCAGCCACAAACAGAUGUCGAGUCAUCUGUGCGGUCUUCAACAUCACCAUCUGAAACGAGUCGUAACGAAUUGGCUGUCGAGUCGCCACGAACCUCGAUCGAAGAUGAAUGGAGCACAACCGAGGGUGUACCUCAUUCAGAGCCACCAGAUGUCGCUGCUAAUGUAGAUCCCAUCGUUGUGGACCCUAUCCCUGAUAUCACAACACAAGUCGAAGACGACACAGACGCGGAUGAAUCGAAAGCUGCUGAGAGUGUAGAGGAGGAGGCUGCAGGCACAGGCGAUGCGCACGACUUGACUUCAGAAUCAUUAGACUGUCAGAGUGUAUCGCAUACCAGUGUAGGCUCAGGAUCACCGCCUGAUGAUCCGGCUACAGCAACCACAACACAGCCGCAUGCCCGACUUACUUCGUUCGUUUGCGAUAAAGCACUCCUGGCUGAGCUGUUUCCCUCAGGCAAGGACUCAGGUAAGCAGGUGGACGAGCACGAUGACCCAAUCUUCUCUACCUCGGCUCGUAAAGCCUGGUAUAGAUUGACCCGGAAGCAAACGAUGCGAGAGUACAACCACGGCGAAAACGACGACAACUACAUCCGUGUCACCUGGUCAAAUUCAGACGUGCGAAGUGAAGUGCAUAAGGUUGUAGGUCGAUGGGCACGAGAAGACCGUAUCUCAGGCACUGGCCCAGGCGCAAGGGCUUCGUUCUACUGGGACACACCCACACCUGCAGAACCCAAGGCACCCUUCGGCCAUUUGCGCACACAGUCUUCUGCUCCUACACCGAAGACUGCCAAUCCUGCCAGACAAAGUUUGCCGCCGCUGGCUUCGAACCAAUCAGCUGCCUUCAAUUGGAGCUCCUCCGCAACUGCAACACCAUGGGAGUUGGAGCCCCCGGUGCAGCGGUCGAAUCCUACGCCGUUGGCACCGAUGAACCCAGUCGUUGCUAAGCUUAAGCGACAAGAAGGUCGCGCAGCAUCGGUCGAUCUCACACCACGCGGAGUUGUGCAGACGACGCACAAGCGGACGGCCACGGUGUCGCACACUGCUUCUGAGACAACAACUGUAGCAAGAUCCCCCUCGCCGGUCAUAACAAAGCCCUCUGCUGAAGUACUGGAUCCUUGGACUAGCUCUGACAGCUUUUCUAAUCCUUCAACCUCUACAACCGAAGUUGUUAUUACUGCUUUCGACGACGACGACGACGACUGGGGUGAAAUGGUACAGACCCCUACACUGCCAACUCCACAGCAACUAGACCCGUUCUCGCAGCCUUCGGAAGCCAAAGUGACGCUUCCACCACCUCCUUUACCCGCGUCAAGCCCACCUAAUAUCAGCCCGGUCGAACCUGCGUCCGUCGAACCAAUGCUUGGCGCUCCUAUUGUACGGCUGCAGAGCACCAUCUCGCCAACAUCAGCAUUGUUUAAAGCGAAAAGCUUCAUUCCACUAAAUGCUGAACAAGGUCCUAUUGGGCCUGGGAUUCUCAAAUCAGCGAACCGUUCCAAUCAGCCAAACCCGGAAAAGAAGCUCAAGGACAUGGAUAAACCUGAGCAAGCGAGCGUUGAGACAUCAAAUGCGGCUACUAAGGUCCCCAUAGAAGACGAUUCUAAAAAAGAUGCAGAGACCUCUCCCUGGACGAGACCACCAUCUUCUCCACUAUCUCUCGAGGCCGGCGGAGUCGGAGCAACGACAGUAAAUGUUGUCUCUCUCACUCCCACUGCACGACCAGCCACGCCUGUUGAAACAUCUGCAGAUUCAUGGGCAGAUGCUGACUUUUCGUUCUUUGAAUCUUCGUUACCAGUCGCGGAGCCGCAACCGUCAUUGCAAGUGCAUGAUCCGUCUGACCCGUUCGCUUUCUUUGAGGGCCCAGCCCCAACGGCGACACCACCUGCGUCAAAGCCAUACUCACGCUCCCCACCACCUAAUCCCACACCACCAAUGCUGCAACCUUUGUCUGGCGCAACUAGUUCAUUACAGCAACGGAAAGUUGAAGAAGAGCAGAUAAUCGACAACAUCCUAAACGGACUACCCGAUCUCAGCUAUAUGUUGCGACCUUAAUAAAUGCCAAUACAGGCGACGGUAAUCCCAUCACACCCGCACUGUGCUCAGCACUGAGGGGUAUGUAUAUUAAACACCAUUGUGAGAAAAGUACUUGU